GAGAAAAAGCAGAAGAUGAAUAGAAAGUGAAGACCCGCAGUCUGUGUCGAGUUGUGAAAACAGGAGGAGAGAGAGAGAGGAAGGAUAUAUGCGACAGACAGACGGGCUGCUGACUUAACACUCAACAUUUCUCUGUUACAUUACAAGUGUUCGUUUGGCGGAGAGCCCGGUGUGUGUGAACGUCGAGAUGUGGGAACAGGAGGAAUUCGCAAAACAUUGGAAGAAUGAAUUUCCCGACGGAGAAGUCCCCCGAAUGGACCUGAACUCUGUAGAGGACAUCGAGUCGGAGCUGGAAGCGUGUAAAAGCAACCUGAAGAGGCUCCAGAAAGCUUUGGAAAAGGAGAAAUUCAAGGUGAUUUACCUGCAGACCACCGUGGCUCGACAGAAGAGAAACGAGCCGGAAAGGUUUGAAGGAAAAGACGAAAACUUUAACGCGGACACCUUUAAUAAGACAGGGGACCAGAGGAAGACGCAGAGUGAUAGAGAAAAGCUGCCUGACUUUGGAGGAGGUGUGAAGCCCCUCGUCGCAGCUAAGCCGGUGGGGGUCAUCGGCGGCCCCAUGGCCCGGGAGCGGAGCAGGUUCAGCGGCAAGACAGGUAAGCCCGUCCCUAUCCCCGUCCCGCCGAGGAAACCCAGCCCGGCCCAGACCUUCGUCCCUCCAACCAACGACAACGAGGGGAGCAGCGACCGGGAUUAUGAGGAUACGGAGCUCAAUGACAAUUUCGUGAGGAAUAACUUGUUGGCACCAAAGAUUCUGGUGGGCAGGGACAGCCAGAGGACGCCGAGCACCCCAAGCACCCCGAGCACCCAGCGGGACAACCGUCGAGUUUGUCGCCACAGCAGGGACUUUGACUCUGGUGAUGACUGCAGGUUGUCCCCAUCCUUCCCGCAUAUUAACCGCAGAGCAUCCCGCGGCUCUGGGUGCAGCACCCCUGACAGGAGGAGCGAUGGGUACCUGAGCUCAGACCAUGAUGACUCCUCUUCUGCAGACUUUAACUACAACACAGAUGGCUACGAGGGGGACGGGGCCGAGGACGUCAAGUCUCAGGAUGGCUCUGAGACGCUGCCCUAUAUAGAUGAAUCCCCCACCAUGUCGCCCCAGCUGUGCGCGCCCCAAGGGCCCGACGGAGAAGCGGUCUCUCCUACACCACCAGAGGGCCUGCUGUCUGGGGGAGAAAUAGAGAAAGGUCUGGAGAUGAAGAAACUGGUCCUGUCUGGUUUCAUGGCCAGUGAGGAGAUCUACAUUAACCAGCUGGAGGCUCUGCUACUGCCCAUGCGUCCCCUGAGAGCCGCGGCCACCUCCUCGCAGCCCGUCCUGACCAUCCAGCAGGUGGAGACCAUCUUCUACAAAAUCCAGGAAAUCUUUCAGAUCCACAAGGAGUUCUACGACGCUCUCUAUCCCAACAUCCAGCAGUGGGAUGAGAAGGUCACAGUUGGGCAUCUCUUUCAGAAGUUGGCCAGCCAACUGGGAGUGUACAAGGCCUUUGUGGACAACUACAAGGUGGCUCUAGAGACGGCAGAGAAAUGCAGCCAGGCCAACAGCCAGUUCCAGAAGAUAUCUGAGGAUCUCAAAGUAAAAGGUCCUAAAGACUCCAAAGAUUGUACCACAACGGUCACAAUGGAGGCUCUCCUGUAUAAGCCUAUUGACCGUGUUACCAGAAGCACCUUGGUCCUUCAUGACUUGCUGAAACACACUCCUAAGGACCACCCAGACUUCCCUCUCCUGCAGGAUGCUCUGCGGAUAUCUCAGAACUUCCUCUCCUCCAUCAAUGAAGAGAUCGACCCUCGCAGGACCGCUGUCACCACGCCCAAGGGAGAGGCUCGUCAACUGGUGAAGGAUGGCUUCCUGGUGGAGGUGUCGGAAAGCUCCAGGAAGUUACGGCACGUCUUCCUCUUCACCGAUCUGCUGCUCUGUGCCAAGAUGAAGAAGACAGCUGUGGGUCGUCACCAGCAGUAUGAGUGCAAGUGGUACAUCCCGCUGGCGGACUUAACUUUCCAGACCCUGGAUGACUCCGACUUUUGCCCCAGCAUCCAAGUCCUGCCCGAGUAUGAGAUCGAGGAGAUGAAGAUCAAGAUCUCAGUCUUAAAGAAUGAGAUCCAGAAGGAGAAGAAAGCACCAAAGGGUCAGAGCCGUGUGGACCGUCUGAGGAAGAAGAUGAAUGAGCAGGAGUCCUGGCUGCUCCUGCAUUCCCCCACCAUCCCUUUCCGCAUCCACAACAAACACGGAAAGAGCUACCAGUUCCUGCUUUCCUCUGACUACGAGAGGUCAGAGUGGAGGGAAAGCAUCCAGAAGCUUCAGAAGAAAGACCUCCAGGCGUGUGUAUUAAGCUCUGUAGAGCUCCAGGUUCUGACCAGCUCCUGUUUCAAACUCCGAACUGUCCACAACAUUCCCGUCACCAGUAACAAAGAUGAUGAGGAGACUCCUGGCCUGUACGGUUUUCUGCAUGUGAUCGUCCACUCUGCCAAAGGAUUCAAGGAGUCAGCCAAUCUAUACUGCACCCUGGAAGUGGACUCAUAUGGAUACUUUGUCAGCAAGGCCAAGACCCGAGUCUUCAGAGACACCACAGAGCCUCAGUGGAAUGAGGAGUUUGAGAUCGAGUUGGAGGGCUCCCAGUACCUGAGGAUCCUGUGCUACGAGAAGUGUUACGAUAAGAGCAUGCUCAACAAGGACGACAAUGAGAUUGUGGACAAGAUUAUGGGCAAAGGUCAAGUUCAGCUGGAUCCUCAGACCGUUCAGUCCAAGAACUGGCACAUGGACGUCAUAGAGAUGAACGGGAUUAAAGUGGAGUUCUCCAUGAAGUUUACAAGUCGGGACCUAAGUUUGAAGAGGACACCGUCCAAAAAACAGAGCGGGGUGUUUGGAGUCAAAAUCAAUGUGGUGACAAAGCGCGAGCGCUCCAAGGUGCCUUACAUCGUCCGCCAGUGCAUUGAGGAAGUGGAGAAGAGGGGGAUUGACGAAGUGGGAAUCUACAGGAUCUCAGGGGUGGCCACGGAUAUCCAGGCCCUCAAAUUAGCAUUCGACACCAAUACCAAAGACAUCCUGGUGAUGCUGAGCGACAUGGACAUCAACGCCAUCGCAGGGACGCUCAAGCUGUACUUCAGGGAGCUGCCGGAGCCUCUGCUCACCGACCGCCUCUACCCGGCCUUCAUGGAGGGCAUAUCUCUGUCAGACCCGGCUGCCAAGGAGAACUGCAUGAUGCACCUCCUGCGCUCCCUGCCUGACCCCAACCUCAUGACCUUCCUCACUCUGCUGGAGCACCUCAAACGGGUGGCUGAGAAGGAGCCCAUCAACAAGAUGUCCCUUCAUAACCUGGCCACCGUGUUUGGCCCCACUCUUCUCAGGCCCUCAGAGUCAGAGAGCACGAAGGCACAGCACAUCACCUCCGCCUCUGACAUCUGGUCACACGACGUCAUGGCACAGGUCCAGGUGCUGCUCUACUACCUGCAGCAUCCUCCCAUCUCCUUUGCCGAACUGAAGCGCAACACGCUGUACUUCUCCACUGACGUCUAAUCCCCACCCACCUCCCUCAGGGCGACCUCUGGAGACGAGAGAGUGAGAGACUCCAUACGAACCUUUGGUCCCCGUCGCUCGGUCCCCCUGCCUCGCCUCUCCUCCCAGCAGGCAGCUCGUCUCGACUGUAAAGACCCCACCCCCCCCACCCUUCUUAGUCCCCCACACCCCUCCAGUCUAUUCCAAACAGCCCCUCAUCAAACAUCUCCCCAACCCCCGUCCUGAAAAGAGAUGAAGCUGAAUACGUAGGGAGGUGGUGAAGGAGAUUUCCUGGUUGUUUAGUAGUCACGUGUCAUGUCAUGUUUAUAAUAUGAGGAGAGCAGAGCCACCCACCCCUCCGCCUCCCACCGACAAGACCGCACGGCAUUCUGGGACCACAGUGGGAAAAGUGGCGGUGGUAGUGUGAGGGGUACUGGAGGUCACAGUCCUCCAACACAGGAUCAUGUCCAGGGAUGUGACUCCGGCUUUAAUGAUCUCAGAAACCGGUCGACUCGCAACCUCCAGCGUGACACUUUUUUUUCCUGAUCAGAGGCAUUCCAGUAAAAUGGCAUUUACAUGUUUUAUAACUCUGUUCAACAGCUGUUUUGUUUCCUUUUUCUGUCUUUCUGGCUUUGUGCAUGUGGUGGAGGAGGCCAGGUGUGUAAGAGACAAUGUGGAUGUACAUAUAUGAGUGAGCGAGUGAGUGUGUGUUUGUGUUUAAGGGACUAUGAGAACUUGUGAGGUUUAGAAGUGGCUGGAAAACCGUCUUACUAAGUAAAUGACUGGUGACACGUCUCUUUGAGCUGACAAACAAGAGAGAGCUGCCCUCCCCAGUGAGUCUUGGCCAAAUUAGCCCUAUUUAUUUUAAAUAUAUAUAAUAUGUGUGCCUGUACAGUUCUGUGCAACUAGAGAAAUGCUCUAAGGAGUCUGUUUUUUGAAGUUUAUUCAGGUAGUGAUGUUAUUUUUAGAUUUUCUCAUGCACCAUGUCCAUGGCUGGUAAGCUGUACUAAAAGAAAAAUCACCAGAAAGUCUGCCAAUGAAUUUCAGAUCACUUUGUAGAGGAGAAGGGGCACUCUGUGACAUGAGGGUUGUUGGGGAAAAAAACACAAUGAAUGGAACAUUUUAGCUUUUUUUUCUUGUUGUUGCAUUGCAAGCCUGUUCCAAGUGUCUUACUGCACUGGUAUAAUCUAUAGGAUGAUUUGUGUAGUUGCCCUCAUUGCAUGUUCAGCUUGUCAAUCAAACCAGGCCAGGUAACACAAAGGUAGGUCGUCUCUGCUAUAGGCCCUCGCUAAGACCAGCAAAUAGCCCAUCUCUGCUCUGUACAAAGCCAACCUUUCUGCUAUCAAGCCUGCGACAUAUCUUAAAAUACUGUAAACACUGCUAGAUCAGUACUAUUUGAUAUUUUUAAUAUAAGAUUAAAAUAAAAUAAAAAUGUUGUAUUUUACUUCCUUUGAGAAGAAUUUCAAUAUACUGUAAUAUUGAGGCUAAAUGUCAAUGUGAACUUUUCCCCCCUUUUUUUUAGUAAAAUAAAAGUUAC